CUGCCUGGCAGUGCCAGUGGUGGCAGCAACCGCAGUAGUGGCAGUUGCAGCAACCACACACUUGGCUGCUGUUUCCACAACAGCAGCCCACACAGCCACGGUGUCUGCAGUGGCAGUGGAGUUACCUGUGCCAGCAGCAGUAGUGUUGGCAGCUAUAAUUGCCUUCCUGGUGUCUGCUGUGUCCUUGGUGAGAGCAGGGUUACCUCAUGGGGGUGGCAGUGGCACCAGUGGCUUCACCUGCCUCUGUCACAUCUAUGGUUUCCACAGGAACAGCGUGGUUAGCUCAUGGGGGCAGCAGUGGCACCAGCAGCUGCAACUGCCUCCCUCACACCUGUGGUUUCCUUGGAGGUUUCCUUGGUGGCAACAGGGUUACUUCAUAGCAGUGGCAGCAGCAUCAGCAGCUGCAGAUGUCUCCCUCGCACCUGCAGUGUCCUUGGUGGCAGUGGGGUUAACUUGCAGUGGUGGCUGUAGUUGCAGCUGCCUCCCUCAUGCCUGUGGAGUCUGUACCUGUAGUGACGGGCCACCCGCAGUACUGCUGCUUUGCAGGGAGCUGCUCUGUGAUGGGCAGUGGUUCUGGGACCAGGCAGUGGCUCCAGUAACUGUAGUUGCAGGGCAUGUUCCAUCUGGGCUUGAAGGCAUGAAAGAACAAGAUCUUUGCAACAAGAUAAUGGCUAAAAUCCUAGAAAAUUAUAAUACGCUGUUUGAAGUAGAGUGUACAGAAAAUGAUAAUCAAAGAUGUGAAAACCUGGCUAGGCUUAUCAUAGUAAAAGAGGCCAGUUGUAAAAACUCCCUACCCAUCCUUUUAACAAAAGGCUUAGAAAGAGACAUGCUGAAACCAUCUCCAAAAGCCAAGAUACCAAAGUCCAGGAGUGAGGGAUCCAUUCAGGUCCACAGAGUGCCACAACCAGAGCUAUCUGAUGACAUUCCUCAGGUCAGCCUGCGGCUAAGUCGUAGAAAGCCCUGCUUGGAAGACAUGAAUUCAGCAGAGGACACUCGUGGUGCCAAGUUGAUAUCUAGUUCACAGGAAGAUGAAAGACCUAUGUCACCUUUCUAUUUGAGUGCUCACGUAUCCCGAGUCAGCAAUGUUUCAACAACAACUGGAGAACUCUUAGAAAGAACUAUCCGGUCAGCUGUAGAACAGCAUCUUUUUGAUGUUAAUAGCUCAGGAGGUCAAAGUUCAGAAGACUCUGAAUCUGGAACAUCAUCGGCACCUUCUGCCACAUCCACCAGACAGCAACGAUGCCUGUCCAAGGAGCAGCAUGAAGUUCGACGUGGUAGAGACAAGGGACUUAUCAACAAAGAAAAUAUUCCUUCUGGGUUCAACAGCCUCAAUGAUUGUAUUUUGAAUACUCAGGAAAUGGAAAAAUUACACGAAAAUACUUCUGAUUAUACUGGAGAAAGGAGCAAACUUAAACGUCAAAAAUCCAGUACUAAACUUUCUGAGCUCACUGGAAAUCAAGAUGGUCUUGUGAAUAUGGAAGGUCUCAAUUCCACACAAUCUCAUGAGAGGACUGGACCUGAUGAUGUUGAACUGAUGUCCAGUGAAAGAAGGGGUAGGAUCAAGUCAGGGGCCUCACAACAGCAUUAUCAAAGCCCCACGAUGAAGAUUCAGGAGCAUCCCAGCAUAUCUGACACCAAACAGCAGAGGAAUCAAGAUGCCAAUGACCAGCAGGAGAGCUUUGUCUCCGAAGUGCCCCAGCUGGAUCUGACUGCAUUGUGUGAUGAGAAGAGCUGGGAAGAGCCCAUCCCUACUUUCUCCUCCUGGCAGCGGGAGAACGUGGACUCUGACGAAGCCCGCCUCUCCCCGCAGGCCGGGCGCCUGAUUCGUCAGCUUCUGGAUGAGGACAGUGACCCCAUGCUCUCUCCUCGGUUCUACACUUACGGGCAAGGUCGGCAGUACCUGGAUGACACAGAAGUCCCCCCCUCGCCCCCAAAUUCCCAUUCUUUCAUGAGGAGGCGAAGUUCCUCUCUGGGGUCCUACGAUGAUGAGCAAGAGGACCUGACACCUGCUCAGCUCACACGGAGGAUUCAGAGCCUCAAAAAGAAGAUCCGAAAGUUUGAGGACAGAUUUGAAGAAGAGAGGAAGUACAGACCAUCUCACAGCGACAAAGCAGCCAAUCCAGAGGUUCUGAAAUGGACAAAUGACCUUGCCAAGUUCCGAAAGCAACUUAAAGAGUCAAAACUAAAGUUAUCAGAAGAAGACCUAGCCCCCCGGAUGCGGCAGCGAAGCAACACACUCCCCAAGAGUUUUGGUUCCCAACUUGAGAAAGAAGAUGAUAAGAAGCAAGAGCUGGGAGAUAAAGCCCUAAAGCCUGGCGUGGAAGCCACGCUGGAGUCUAUCCAGAGGAGGCUCCAGGAGAAGCGUGCAGAAACCAGCCGUCCCGAGGACAUUAAGGAUAUGACCAAAGACCAAAUUGCUAAUGAGAAAGUGGCUCUGCAGAAAGCUCUGUUAUAUUAUGAAAGCAUUCAUGGACGGCCGGUAACAAAGAAUGAACGUCAGGUUAUGAAGCCACUGUAUGACAGGUACCGGCUGGUCAAACAGAUCCUGUCCCGAGUCAACACCAUACCCAUCAUUGGAUCCCCCUCCAGCAAGCGGAGAAGCCCUUUGCUGCAGCCCAUUAUCGAGGGUGAAACUGCUUCCUUCUUCAAGGAGAUCAAGGUGAAGACCUCCAGCUGCUAGCCAAUGGCUAGAUCUGCCUCGCUUUCCUCCCCCAGGCCCCUGUGAAUGGAAAGAGGUUGUGACUGGGCCCUUUGGUGACGGCUUCUUGUAGCAUUCCCUAAAAAAUCAGU